CAGCGCCCCCUGCUGGGUGGAGUUUGAACAGCAUCGUCAUUAAUAAAGAGCUCCGCUGAUUUUGUGGGGGAUUUCGGAUCUCCGCACCACUCAUUAUGAUCAUCCCACUAAGAUUUUCCGCGUGAACAACCCUCGCGCUCAUUCUAUUGGUGCCUGUUGGAAGCUGGGAUGGGCUCCAUCCUGCAGGAGCGCGUGACACCACGGUGUGUGGAAAGGGUUUCCAUCAGGGAUCGGGAAUGGAAGAGGAAGGUUUCGUGGAGCAGCAGCAGGGCGAAUGUUUCCAACAAUAAAAUGGGAAGACGGCAGUCCCAGAGGAAGUCUCCUCAGCCCCAGAAUCCGGACCAAAACCAGGAGAACCAUCACGAGAAGAGACAACAAAGAAGAAAGCACAAGCCCAACAAUCCUUCCACCAAAAGCAACACUCCUCCACCCAGGGUUCAGGGACCCUCAGCGUCUCGUCCUCAGUGUUGUGGCCACAAAGAACUCAAACACGGCAGUAUGAGAGGGAGCAAACACACAGUGGUUUCUUCCUUUUCUGAUUCCAGCUCUGACCUGCAGGAGAGACGCUCCACAGAGCAGGAUGUCCUGCAGGAGGACAGCGACACGGACCUGUCUGAGACUGAAAGACUUCCUGUGUCGCACUCUAGUCGCAUCCCUCCCCAGCUUGAGCUCAGGCCAGAAGUGAUGGAGGCGGACAUCCUCUCCUCCCACCACCACAGACCCAGACAGGCCCAAGGAGGGUUUGAUUUUCCAGAUUUUCUCCCUCCACCUUUUAAUUCAUGGAGCCUGACUCAGUUGGCUGUUUUCUACAAUGUGGAGGGCAGAGCGGCCGCCCGGCCCCGGCCCGUGGGCCCUUUGGAAAAGUACCUGGAGCGGCUGCUGCAGCUGGAGUGGCAUCAGAUCCAGACGGCUCAGGAGGAGAGUGGGAAGUCGGCUGUAUCAGAGGUUAUGUCUGGCUGCAGGUCAGCUGCUGCCGCCACCACAUCUCGUCUCAGUUCUCCUAAGUGCAUCCUCCAGUGUCAGCGUGCCUUCCCCCUCAGCUUCCUCUCCUCCCUAGCUAGCCAUUCCACCCUGCUCUCCGGCUGUGCCUGCACUCCCUGCCAGAUCCGCUAUUCCAGCUGUAGCUCGUCAUGCUGCCGUUCCAUCCACAGCCUCAGUCGGCCGUUCAGACUCAGUCCAAUGCUGGAGCGCAGCAGCAGCAGCAGCAGCAGCAGGAGACCCACGCUGCUCCCCAAAAGGAGCUACAGCGAGAGCCGGGUCCUGUCCUCAGAGAGGAGGUGCAGCAGCCCCGGGAGGACCAACAGCUACCUCAAGAGGAUGCAAGCUUCAGGAAACAUGCGCAACCCCAUCCAAGGUGCUACAAGCAGACCACAUUCCUCUGUCAGGGACUCUGGGGACCACGUUGGGAAGGCGGAUGGGAUGGACGGCAGGAUGGGAGCUUUCAGGAGGAGGAGUGGCUCGGAGCAGAGGAGAGGAGGAGCAGAGAGGCAACAGAACGGGUCAGAAAAAAGACGGAGCGGCUCUGAGUGCAGAAAAGGGAGAUCUGAGCGGCGGAGAGAUUUCAAGGAGCGGGAAAUAAAACCAGAUGCUGUCACUGCAAUCAUGGACAAUUUACCGGGACCCAAAUCUGCUCCCAUUAGGAGGCCGAACAGAACCAAACAGGUCGAGUUUGUUACAUAACAGCAAGUUACCACCCAGUGACCUAGAUUCAACUAUGAAUGUACAUUUUCGGUCAUCCUCCCUUCUUUUCCAUCAUGUAUUAAUAUCACAGGAUACAGUCUUAUAUGAGUCUGGUGUUGUGGUUGUAGUCAAAAGUUCGAAUACUUUAGCGAAUGUUUACAUGACCCAUCUUGUGUAAAGGAGCAUGGGUCUCUGAAAUGCCUGCUUUUGAUUCAGAUAAACACAGGAAGCCUUUUCAGCUCCAUCAUAAUCUGCAUAUUAACAGGACAACGCUUUAGGUUUAUGAUGCUGAAUAUCACGGUAAAUGCCAACCAGCUGAUUCACUUAAAAAUUGCACAGACGAAACACUCCAGCCUUGGCUUAUUUAUACAUUUGAAUGAAUUAUUUCUACUUAAAAAAAAAAAACACUUCUACAACAAUAUAAUUUCUCUUUGAGGAUUAAUGAAAUAUUUUUUCUGUUCCACUCUGUCCCUGCAUUUCUCUUUCCUUGAAAAAUGAACAGCCUUAAGGCCCACCUAUGCUCGACACAGAAGACGAAUACGCAGACUGACGGACAGUUUCGUCCGGCUUCUGCGUCGAGCUUAAAUGGGUCUUUAUAAUCUGUUGGAACAGUUUAACAACAGCUGUCUCUUUGUCUUCAUGUCGCCAACAGAAUGAAAUGUUUCCUCCUGUCUGAUGAAAACUAUUAAAAAAAGGAAUGAAGAACAAACUCGUAUCAGCACACUGCAAAAAUUCUGCCCUGCAGCUGCAGAAAAGCAGCAAAGCAAUGCUGCAUCUGCAUGAUCCUGAUGGUGCUACACUAAACUGUUAGUUGAUGGGAUACAACCUGGUCCACCCUGAAUGUUGCUGUACCAGGAUUCUGCUCCAUGUUCCUGUGAUAAAACCCACCACCUUUUUGAAAGGUUGCUGAGCGUAAGUCAUUCUUGGUUAAGGCCACCUUUGACUCUGGUGUUUGUAGCAAUGAUAAUUUUAUUUGUGUUCAUCAGAUCUAGUUGAGUUACAGAUUAGGAGAUGUAUGAGGACAGGAACACUUUUAUAAAGAAGUUGAUCGUUAAUUUACAGCUUUGAUUACUUGAAAAUAAAAAUGUAGUUUUGUCUGA